CUUGCAUUGCUAAUGGCGUCUUUGUGUAAGGGCCAUUUGGCCGCAGUGAUCGAUUGCCGGUUUAUCCUUUCCUCUUCAGAAUCUGGAUCUCCAUGCAAGGAUGUCUUUGUCCAUCUGGAUUCUGUUGCUGAUCAGCUGUACAAUAGCGAUCGAUCCAGAAUGUUACAUGACAGUGCCAGAGAUUGCCAGAUAUUACGGUUACAAAUCAGAGGUGCACCUAGUACGAACCAAGGACGACUACAUCCUUGAACUACAUCGGAUAAAGAGUGCUAAAAAUGGAGACAAACCGGUAAUCUUUCUUCAACAUGGACUAUUCGGUGAUGGAUCGAAUUGGACACCAAACUUGGCUAAUGAAUCAGCAGCAUUCGUGUUUGCCGACGCCGGUUUCGAUGUGUGGAUUGCGAAUUCGCGUGGAACUCCGCCCUCACAAAAACAUGUUGGUUAUGGACCCGACGACAUCCGUUUCUGGAAUUUCACAUGGCAGGACAUGUCUUCAUACGAUCUACCGGCUUGCAUCAACUACGUUUUGCACGAAACUGGAGAGAGCCAAUUAUAUUACGUCGGACACUCGCAAGGCACUAUUAUGAUGUUCGCAAAACUUGCCGAAGACCCAGAAUUUAGCAAGAAGAUUCGCCAAUUCUUUGCGCUUGCACCUGUCGCUACCGUAUCGCAUAUAGGAGGCCUCUACAAGAUCUUUGGCCAUUACCUUAUGGAUUUUGCAGACUUCCUUCUGCACCGAAUCCCAAACACACCGCUGGCAUUGCCGAAACUGCUACAAAAAGUCGUGAGCCUAUUUUGCAACCUACCAAAGGCACAAGCAAUCUGUACGCUCGACAUAGGAUUUAUUGAUGGCAGGGAACACAUGCUGAAUAAGAGUAGAAUUGGAGUUUAUCUUUGCCAUAUUCCAGCGGCUACGUCUUCCAAAAAUUUGCUACAUUGGGUGCAGGUAGUCAGGUCUCGAAAAUUCGAGAAAUUUGACUAUGGCGAAAGUGGAAACCUGGCUGAAUAUGGAACUAAGUUUCCACCCACCUACAAUCUGAGCAAAAUUGAUACACCAACUUUCCUGUACUGGAGCAAGGACGACAUCCUAGCUGAUACAGAUGACAUUAGAGACACGAUAAUCUCAGCAAUGAAUGAAACAAUACGCGGAAGCUACGAUUUGCCGCACUACAGCCAUCUUGACUUCGUCUUCGGAAUCAACGCCACCGUCGAUGUCUAUAGGCCAAUCAUACGAGAGAUCGAAAAUGAUUUCCACAAACAGAUGAUGCUUCGAAAUAAUCGAAUCUAUCGCUAGCGAAAAUUGCUCUCCGCUCCACAUGUACGGAUCUCUUUGUGGGCGGAGCCUGCUGUACACACCUAAUAUUCUCCCAAAUUAUGCC